AUGGAUGACGAAAGCGUUACCGGAAGAGCCAUCCAAAGAGCUUAUGACAAGUCGGUUCGUGGGGAGGUGGAUGCCCAGGGAGAUUACGACACCUUCAUACAGGAGGUCGUGAUACCUAAUGAGAGAUGGGAACAAUUCGUCGACCAUGAUAUUCAAAGACUGAGAAAGCUAAUAGAUGAUGGAGGAGAUGCUGGAGUCGAGGCAGCUGAGUUGUUGCCGGAAGUGCAAGAGGUAAGAGAUACUCAAGCACGAAGGGCGUUAUCCAGCCUGGCCUCGUUCGACAAGGAGUACAAAGAAGUCCGAGGUUGCCUCACCAAACAAUAUCAUACACAAGCUUCUCUGAUCAAUCAUGCUAGAUCGCCGCGUGGAGUAAGACACCAUCUCCCACCAGAAUUGAUUAUGAAAAUCGCCGGCCAUAACAGCAAAGCCCACAGCCUGGAUAAGCCACUGAAAUUACCACUCGGCAUGCACUCCGAAAGCGAGGAGGGUGGUCGCUAUGGUGGUACCGGCGGUGGUGGCCGUGGCACCGGUCGUGGAAGCGGCAGCACUAGCAGCGGCAGCAGUGGUAUCAGUGGUAUCAGCAGUGGCGGCAGAGGUAUCAGCAGUGGCGGCAGAGGUACCAGCGCUCGUGGCAGAGGUAUCAGUAGUGGCAUCAGCAGGGGCAGAAAUUAG